GAGUGGGACAAAUGAAGUUCAUUUUCCACAGCUGAUGAUGGCGGAUGUUGUUGAAAAAGACACCAUGAAGAAUUACCACUUAGCAUCUGAGAAAAUUAACCCAGAGACCAGUCGCUAUCCUUACUGUAUUGUCUGGACACCUAUCCCCGUGUUGUCAUGGCUGUUUCCAUUCAUUGGUCACAUGGGAAUCUGCACGUCCACUGGAGUCAUCCGGGACUUUGCUGGACCUUACUUUGUCUCAGAAGACAACAUGGCUUUUGGAAGACCAACAAAAUACUGGAUGCUUGACGUCAGCAAAGUCUAUGCCAGUGGCUCCAAUGCCUGGGACACAGCGGUGCAUGAUGCUUCGGAGGAGUAUAAGCACAGGAUGCACAACCUGUGCUGUGACAACUGUCACUCACAUGUUGCCAUGGCUCUGAAUCUGAUGCGAUAUGAAAACAGUACCUCAUGGAACAUGGUCAACCUCUGCCUUCUGGCUCUGAUCCAUGGAAAACAUGUCAGCUGUGCAGGCUUUCUGAAGACCUGGCUGCCUUUCCUGAUGCUGAUGGGCAUCAUCCUUACAGUGGCCCUGGCCCUCAACCUCCGGUGACCUGGGCGGCGGGUUAAAGGACACAGUGGAACCCCUGCAGGUCGGAUGUGGGGCUGACCUUUUAAACAACACGGGGGAGGGGGGUGGGGGGGUGGAGCGGGGACAGGGCAGCAUCACACGGCGUCGAGAUGAAAGUAACUGAGGACAUAAAGACUACUCACCUCCAGGAGAAUGAUGUUGAACAGGAGCAUCCAACACGUCUGUGGUUUGUGGAAAGCAGGCAGCCUGUUCACUGGCAUUACUCCAGUGGUGAAGCUGGAAGGCCCCAGGGACCGAAAUUCAUUUAUAUUCAGUUAUUUUGAGAGAAGGGACUGAACACCCCACCACCACCGCCACCACCACCACCACCACAACUACCAGGACCACACAAACACACGUUUAACAGCAGGUUUAAGCCAUCGCCGCCUGCAAAGUGGAGAAGAUAUGUAGCUGUAUUUAUAGUUGAAUAGUGGUAUGUUAGAUUGUCGAAUCCUCUGAGGGAAACACAUCCAUGCCUUGCUUUCAGAUUUGGAUGAUCUUACAUUGUAAUGGAUUGGGAGUGUAAUCCCAUGAUUCAGUGCUUCCAGAAUGCCAUUUUUAUAUCCUACCAGGGAGCACAAACAUGUUAAAUCAAUUAGAUGCCUUUCUAGGGAAUUUACUGCAUUUCAUGCUUGAUCUAAUGUAGCUCUUCUACAGUUACUGCAACUUACACAUGCCAGAGCAGUUUGUAUUUUUGUGCAUUUUCUUACUUCUAUUCAGACUAACUCCGAAGGACAUCACAAAGUCUGCAUCUUCUAAAAAGAAAUAUUUUCUCAGAGACGUGUUGUACAUGCAUCGCAUCCAUCACCUCAUGGUACUACUUCCACAGGUUUACGGGAAACGUUUUCAUGCCUUUAUCUACAGAUCAUCAGUGCAGCGAUUGUAGCAACCUCAGUGAAUGUGGCUGUGGAAAAUACCGAGAGACACCAACAGAAUAUUAGAGCUCCUUUUUUGGUUUUCUAUACUUGUGCCAAAUGUAGAAGAAUGGGAGACCAACUCAAACUGUGUCCUUGGACAUGUAGCUCGUUCCUGAGUGGAACAGCUCUUCGAUGACUCCAAAAGCCCGCUGAUGUCAGAGUUAUAAAACCUGGUGUAAUCGUUUUGUUCAGCCUGAGAGCUGUUUUUUUUUUUUUUUUUUUUUUUGGUUUGUUUUUCAUCUCUAAUUUUGACUUUAUGAGAAGAAGCAAGUGCCAGUGCCUAAAAAUGACCUCUCUCUCUCUCUCUCUCUCUCUCUCUGAUCUCUUAUAUAUAAUUUCCCAGUUGUUUUUGAUGCGUUUAAACAACAAAAAAAAAAAAAACGUUAAUUCCACAUGAUGGUUGGCACUCGAAAUCGGUUGCCAUGGCUUUCGUGAGUAGAUUCAAAUCCCCUCAUUGUUUGCAAUCAAACAGAAAAAAAUGUUGAGCCCUCUCUUUGUCCGCGGUGCUGCCAGAAGCAGCAGGUAGCCAGGAUCCUCAGGUUUUUCACGCUCACCAACCCCUGCUGAAUAUCCCCACACUCCCCCACCAGCUCCUGACCAGCGUCGCUCCUGCUGUUUUCCACCUCUGCAGAUCAGAUUCGAAGGUCAUUGUGAAAUGUCAGUGGUGUUUCACAAAGCUUUGACAUACACCGGCCAAACCAUCCUGCAAUAAUCCAAAGUAGAUGUCAUUUCAGUGUGAGCUCCUAAGUUAAAAUCAGUUGUGUUUUCCGGGCAGGGCUAACACGGUGCCAGUUUUCUACACUCUUCUCACCGAGCUUCUGUUGAAAGCAGAUAUUCUUUGGCCUCAUGUGUGUAUUUCACCCAUGUUGCCUGUAAAUAUUUGAACACACAUUAUACUGUACACCAGGUGCUCUUUGUAUACUUUGCAAACUCGAUUGCUCACUCACACAGAUUUAUCCUUUGAAUAAUUCAGUGU